AUGGCACAGACAGUCUCAUUCGAUAUCACCCCUGAAAAGGAGGCUAGUAAACUCCAGUUCCUUCGCCGUCAGUUCUUCGGAGCUCCACCGGCGGUUUCGCGACACGAUGUAGACCUUAGCGGCAAGACGGCUAUUAUAACAGGAGCUAAUAGUGGCAUCGGCUUGGAAUGCGCGCGACAGCUUCUAGAUCUUGGCCUCAGCAAGCUCAUCAUCGCAGUUCGCGACGAGAAGCUAGGCUACGCAUCUUACGAAUCUGCUAUAGCUUUUGCGCAACGGGCCGAGGACCUUAGCCCCCGACUCGACAUUGCUAUCCUCAAUGCGGGAGUUAACAGAGGCUCUUUUACCCUAAAUCCGACGACAGGUCACGAGGAAACUCUGCAGACCAACUACCUCUCGACAGUCCUCCUAUUACUUCUUCUUCUUCGAAUCUUCAAGAAAGCAGAAUCCGCUACUAAACCCUCGCAUACUUCUCCAGGGCGUAUCGCUAAAUUCGAUAAAAUAAAUGAGGAACCGAUGCUAGAGGCCUUUGAUAUCAAGGGAAAAUGGACUAAGCGUGUGUCGCCGUCGCUAGCUAUUAUAAAUUGUGCGAACCCGGGCCUCUGCUACGGCUCGGAGCUCGCCCGCGAGCAUGGUACAAUUGCUGCCAUAUUUAUACGCUCUUUCGGUCGUUCAGCUGUGGGCGCGCGUACGCUUGUGAAUGCUGCUGUUAAGCAGGAUGGGAGAUCUCAUGGAAUGGCGCCCUUUGUGUAUUCGAAAGAGGCAGAGAAGAUAACCCAACAGUUGUGGGAGGACACGAUGAAGGAGCUGUCAUUUGCGGAGGUUCACGAUGUUGCUGAGAACCCAUCUUCGACUCAUAAAUGA